CGGCUCUGUGUUCAGUUUUUCGAAAUCGACCCAAAAUAUGCCUUACUGGUCGAGAUACACCCUUGGAACUGGGAUACAAGAUAUAUCAGACCAACUAGAACGCUCGUUAGAUAGUACGAACAGCCUCCGAUACUCUGUCUACCUAUAGAAACAUAACCUUUCAUCACUUUCUCAUUAAAACUUCCAUCAGAAAGCGUCGUUGUUUGAAAAUAUAAUAUUUUUGAAAAAUCCAGGAAAGGUUUCACAGCUUGGCUGAAGUCGUGUGAAUCUGCUCAUAUACUGUACUGCUUUCUUUCGAAGAGAAUGUGUGAACUAAUUGCGAGGUAUUGCAAUGUCUUCAAGACGCUUAGCAAUUAUCAGCUAAUGAUAUUAGCUAUUACAUUAUCUCGUGAAUAUAUUCCACUUCGUGAUUUGACACAUGGUACAUUCUUUCAUGGCGGAAUCGAUAUCCCAUUAAGAGAUGCAAAGGAUCCAUUUUUAAAACAACAAGUGCAUAUGACAAAAUAUCUUUUAUUACAAUCAAUAACAAUUACAAAAUAA